UCUCAGCAGAUUCUAACUUUAGAGCAAAGAUGGACAAAAGCUUUGCAGCUUAUAGGAGCCCACAAUUCAGCACCUUUUUCUUAAUCAUUGUGAUUUUUACUUACAAUGGACUGCUUGAGAGGGAAUACCUAUGCAAAUGUGAAGGAUGGUUUAGAAGGUUUAGCUGCUUUACCUACUCGGUCAUACCAACUAUAAUUUUAAUUCUUUUACAACUAUGGACUGAAAAUGUAUUGAAUUGUAAACGCAAGAGGGGUAGGAUUACAGGUUUACGCGUUGUCAAGGCAGUCUGCGUAGGUUCGCUGUGGUUUAUCUCUUUGUUAUUCAAGGGAGACUGGGUUGUUUGCUGUUUUCACUCUGAUCUGUACUGCAAUACAACUAUCAAACUCUCAGAGGAUGGACAGAAGGAUAUCGGCGAAUUGAAACAGAAAUCAACUAUUAUCGGCUUCUUUUUGGUCUUAGUCAUCAUUAUUGGGGCUGCCGCAAUGACAUCAACUAGAUUGAAGAAAAAAUGGAUUGGUAAGGAUUAUGUCAAAGAAGAAGUGAGAUUCGACGAAAAGGAAAAUGUCCAGAAAGAGAUAGAAAGAGAAGACUUGAUAGAAGAACUCAAAAAAAAACAAGAACCAGCCGGACCACCAGUAACCCAGGAAUGGGUCCCUUACCAAGUCCGUCUUUCACCACCAGGACACGAGGAUCAAAUAAUUCAUGUUGAACUACGGAGCCAAAAGAUGAAUCCAUAACAGACUGGGUCUGGGUCUGUCUGAGGUUUCUGCCCAAAAGGAGUUUGUCCUCGCCACUGUUGCAACAAAUACUUGCUCCUUGGGGAAUUGUUGGGUCUUUGUAAAUUAUAGAGUGUGGUCUAGACCUACUCUAGCUGUAAAGUUUCUUGAGAAGAGUCAACUCUUGUUACAAUUUGAUACUAUGAAUAAAAUUGAAUUUUGCUAAUAUUAAAUUAAAUGGCUUGAUCAUAUUUACUGAUACAGACAAUUAGGUUAUGGGUCUAUUAACCUCCUGUUGUCCUCCCGGGUCAAAACUGGAAUUGAACAUUUUGGUUUUUUUUGUUUUAUGCUUUUUUCAACAUUUCCUUUGCUUUUUUUCACUACCAUCAGUAUACUGUACACACCACUUACACCAACUUAUUACCACUAGUUUUACACUAUUUUUUCAAAUUUGUGGUCAAUUAACCUGAUUUAUAUGAAGUUACAUCUAAUUUCUGUGUUAGAAAAGCUGAAAUUAUUAAUUAUUUUGACUAAUAGU